UUAACAGCUAGGAUAUAGGGUGUUUUAGCGUUCCUCAUGUUUCGACCACAUUGCGCCCACGACAAGUUGGCAGCAUUGCAACUUUUCACAUGAAAUCGAUAUAUUACAUAUCGAUAGACGCCUCCACAUUUUCGGCUUGUUUACCAUACGUUUCAAAGCCGGAGGGCUGCAACAUGCGUCGUAUGAGCAACUUGAUAACGCUCUUUACAGCAAUAACGGCAUUCUUUUUUGGCUGUUUCAUCACAAAGAUUUUAACAAUAGUUGACAAAUGUCCAGCACAUAAAAGCGGUGUUGCGAAGUUAGAGCCGCACCCGAAUUUAUUUCUCAUGGUUUUAAUAAUGAGUGCGCCGCGCAAUGUGGAGCAACGGAACGCAAUGCGUGAAACUUGGCUAAAACUGGGGCAGCCGCUGCAGCAACCAUACUUCCCCGAGGAGAACAUUUAUCUGCCGGCAUAUGGAGCAAGGGGACACUUACAAAUGGAAACUGUGACUUCACAGGCGAACAGACUACGCCUUUACAUGGACUGGGCGGCAAAGCUUCCGUACAUGGAUGCGCCCAAGACUAAAAGAACCAUCCAAGUGAAGCAUUUCUUUGCCAUCGGCAUGCAACACAUUAGUUCCGUAGUGCGAGCAGAGUUGGCACGGGAACAGAGCCAGCAUAAUGACUUGCUUCUGCUACCCCGCCUACACGAUGCCUACACGAAUCUAACCGAGAAGCUGCUACAAUCAAUAGACGCAUUAACUCACCAUUAUGAGUUCUCAUAUCUGAUAAAGGUCGAUGACGAUAGUUAUGUUAAGUUAGAUAACUUGCUCAACGUACUCAUCUCCUACGAUCGCAAACUACUGCGAAAAUCGAGCGAGUACCGACACGAGCAGCUGCCACAGCUUUACUGGGGCUACUUUAAUGGCCGCGCCACAAUAAAAAGCAAGGGUCAAUGGAGUGAGCCCAAUUAUUACUUGAGCAAACACUUUAUAACCUAUGCCUUAGGUGGGGGAUACGUCAUAUCGCGCAAGCUGUGCGAGUUCGUAGCCAAUAACUCCCAACACUUGUCCACCUACGUCUCCGAGGAUGUAUCAAUGGGCACCUGGUUGGCCCCACUGCGACAUGUCUAUAGAUGGCACGACCCUAGAUUCGAUACAACAUACGUGCCGCGCGCGUGCCGUUCGCAUCAUUUGGUACUGCAUAAGCGCAACGAGGUGCGUAUGCGUGACCUCUACAUGGGUAAGUUAUGCAGCCCGGAGCAGUCGAGCGCGAGAUCAUUACCCGCCGAAUACUAUUACGAUUGGUCGAAGCCGGUGGACAAGUGCUGCGAUAGUUUAGUGGUGUAGAAUAUUUGAUAAAAAGCCAAAGUGCAUCUAAGCCAAAGUAACGUAGUUUUAGGGUUUUCAAGACACUUACCAGUGUGCAAUUAACCAUUGCACGCGCUCAUCGGUGCCUAUGAGGCUUGCAACAACAAAAUCAUUUGGCGCCACAAUAAAAUAGCGACUCUCCUCAACUAUACAAUUCAGACUGUAAUCGUUGACGGUGUACUUCUCAAAGUCGCGUAUCGAUAAGCUGUCGGUGAGUAUUUCCUCGCUGCUGUGCAUCUUGUACUCCAUCACGCUUAUCACGGGUCGCAACGCUUUGUUGUCGGCACUGCGCUGUUUGCGAUAUCCCAACACAACCAACUGUGUGCGAGUGAACGGAGCCAAGCCA